AUGCUGAUGAAGACCGGGCACAGUCAAUUCGAGAGCACAAACGGAGACAGAGAGAGAAUAGAAAGUGGAUGGCACAAGGAUAAUAGGAUGGUGCAAGACCUUAGAGAGACGAUGAUACCAUGGGGUGAUAUCGAUGCCAUGAGGAAGGGGGUCGGUGAACGGGGGGACGAUCGUAAUAUGAGCACAAAGAUAUUUGACAGAUUGAAGGAAGGCGGAAUGAUGAACUGCAAAACCCAAGAUGUGAGAAUAGAAAGGAAUGAGGUGGAGGAGUGA